AUGGUGAAAAAUGUAAUGAAAAAAAUAGUUGGAAUGGCUGAUAUAUUUCAGCCAAUUUUUACACACACAAAUAAUAAUAAUAAUAAUAGUAAAAUACAAAAAAAUAUUUUAUAUUUUAUUAAUUUAACAAAUUUCCAUAUUUAUGAACAAUUAUUAAUCGAAGAAAGUUUAUAUAGGCUUAGUAGUUGUUUAAGUAACAGACUGAAUAAAAUUGGUUUUUUUGUGAUAAAUGAUACAACAAAAAAUAUAGAAAAUAAUAAUAAAAUAAGACUUUAUUCAAAUAAUUAUUCACCAAAUAAUAAAUGUGUUAUAUUUGGAAUGAAUAGAAAAACAAAAGAACAUACAAAUGAUACUAAUUAUAUAAAAAAAAAUAAUAUAUUAUUGAUAAAAAGAUUUACAGGGGGAGGCACUGUAUAUAUCAAUAGUAAUUGUAUAUUAACUUCGUUUAUUCUUCCAAACGAUUUUGAAAAAGAAACUAGACUUUAUCCAUCCAAUAUAAGCAAAUGGACAUUUGAUUACUUCUUUAAACCAUUUAUACAAAAAAAAAAUAAUGGUAGAUAUACUUUUAACAAAACUUUUCAAUAUCACGAACAGGACUUUGUUUGUAAAAUAAAUGAUAAUUACGAAACAAAUGAUCAAAAUGUUAUUAUUAAAAAAGUUGGAGGAAAUGCACAAGCAUUUUCAAAAGACUAUUUUGUACAUCAUACAUCUUUUAUUUGGAAUUUGAAUGAAUUUGAAGAAAUUGAAAACGUAUUAUCUAAUCCUUUAAAACAACCAAUUUAUCGAGAUAAAAGAAAUCAUAAAGAUUUUAUUGCAUCUAUAAAUUCAUGCUUACAUAAAAAUAUAGAUACGCCCGAUAUAUUUAUACAACAUUUAGUUACAAAUAUAAAGCAUGUUUUACAUAAAAAAAAUAAACUAAAUACAGAAGAAAUAUGGCUUUUCAAUAAUAUCCAAUUUAAUAAUAAUGAACAUAAUUUACCAUUUAGUACAUGUGAUAUAUUUGAUCACAUAUAUACACUUGAUUUAAGGUUAUUGAAAGAAAUUGUCCAUUUUUAUAUUAACAAUAAUAAUUUAAAAAAUUUAAGAUCCACUUAUUUUUUGGAUAUUUAUGGAAAUAAAGUUUCAGAAUCCUUUUACAAUUUUAACUCUUUUAUUAUUAACUAA